AAAAAAAGACUUGACCCCGAGGGGGAUGGAAAAGCCAGCGACUUCACGUCAAAUCCCAAAACGUCCACCCUUCAAAGUCACUCUUUUGAAGAGGAACAAGCAAAGCUGUGUUUACGAAACUCUAGAAUUAAUUUUGAAUCUUCUUUCGUCUUGCUCUUUCUCUCCAUAUUGUUACAGGUCGGUGAUAUCCAGAUAUGGGAAACGGGGAAUCAACAUAUGAUGAUUCUCAUGAUGAAUAUCAGCGGCAUCCACCUUCUUUUGUAGGAAGUUCAAUGAAUACUUACAAUCAACCACAUGAUGAUCCUCGUGAUGACUUUCAGCAUCAUCCAACUCAUGUGGGAAGUUCAAUGGAUACUUACCAUCGACAUAAGCAGCACCCUACACACAUAGCUGAUAAUUUCAACUCUUUAGAGAAGGUUAUCUCUUCAUUAAGAGAAGCUGGCCUUGAAUCAUCAAAUUUGAUACUUGGUAUUGACUUCACAAAGAGCAAUGAGUGGACAGGCAAGUAUUCAUUCAACAGGAAAAGCCUUCAUGCAAUCAGUAGCACACCUAAUCCCUACGAGCAAGCAAUCUCUAUAAUUGGCCGCACUUUGUCUCCUUUCGAUGAAGAUAAUUUGAUACCUUGUUUUGGGUUUGGCGACGCAACAACACAUGAUAGACAUGUGUUCAGCUUUUAUCCUGAUCAUCGACAGUGUAAUGGUUUUGAGGAAGCUCUUGCACGUUAUAGACAGAUUGUUCCGCACUUAAAGCUGGCAGGUCCAACCUCAUUUGCCCCAAUAAUUGAUGCGGCAAUUGACAUUGUGGAGAGAACCAAUGGGCAAUAUCAUGUUCUAGUCAUUGUUGCAGAUGGACAGGUGACCAGAAGUCCUGAUACACCACCUGGAAGGUUCAGUCCACAAGAAAAAGCUACUGUAGAAUCCAUAGUUGCUGCUAGCCAAUAUCCUCUCUCAAUUAUUUUGGUUGGAGUUGGGGAUGGACCCUGGGAUGCAAUGCAGCAAUUCGAUGAUAACAUUCCUCAGCGCACAUUUGACAAUUUCCAGUUUGUCGACUUCACAAAAGUCAUGUCUGAAAACACAGACGCAUUAAAAAAGGAAGCAGCCUUUGCACUUGCUGCCCUCAUGGAAAUUCCAUUUCAGUUCAGGGCAACCCAAAGACUAGUCAAUCGAGAAUCAGGAGCUGCUCCACGUACAAGACCUCUUCCGCCCCCACGUAAUGUGAUUGACCAUGAUAAUGCAGUCAAAUCAGUCCCACCUGUGACAGACUUUAAAACAGUUGAGGCAACAGCUCAAGUGGAACUGGUCUGCCCUAUUUGCCUGACAAACCCUAAGGACAUGGCUUUUGGAUGCGGUCAUUUGAUGUGCAAGGAUUGCAGUGCGAACCUAACAUCGUGUCCUAUCUGCCGGGAGCCGAUAACAACACGCCUGAGACUCUAUUGCUGAUCAUCGCAUCCUCAAUAUUAAGAACUUUAUGAGGACUUAAUCAGAGUUCAAAAGCAGCAUUACCAUUGUUCUAUGAUUCAUAUUAUGCCAAUAUAAAUUUUUUCUAUGUUCAAAUAGACAAGGAACAAUCUGUACAAAAGGUUAUCUGUUAGUGGGCUUUAAUUUUGUACAUAUCUUAAUAAUUCUUGCCUAGAUGUUAUCUGUUAAUGUGUGCAAGUAUUUCGUUAAUGUUUGAAGGUGAGGAGUAUAAUGUUUCUCUAACUA